UUCCUACCCCAAACUGAUGAAUGAAGCUAAAAGAAAUUGAUCGCACUGCUAUGCAGGCCUGGAGCCCAUCUCAGCACCAUCCAAUAUACCUAGCUACUGGUACUUCUGCUCAGCAACUAGAUGCCACCUUCAGCACCAAUGCCUCCCUGGAGAUUUUUGAACUGGACCUAACAGAUCAUUCCUUGGACAUGAAGUCAUCUGCUACAUUCUCAAGUGCUCAUAGGUACCAUAAGCUUAUUUGGGGCCCCUACAAAAUGAACCCUGAUGCCAGUCUUUCUGGUGUUCUCAUUGCCGGAGGAGAGAAUGGGAAUGUGAUUCUCUAUGACCCCACUAAAAUCUUAGCAGGAGACAGUGAUGUGGUUAUUGCCCAACAAGAUAAGCACACUGGACCAGUGAGAGCCUUAGAUGUAAACGCUUUCCAGACAAAUCUUGUAGCCUCUGGUGCCAAUGAAUCUGAAAUCUAUAUUUGGGAUCUGAAUAAUUUUGCUGUUCCCAUGACGCCGGGUGCCAAAUCUCAGCCUCCGGAAGACAUUAGCUGUAUAGCUUGGAACCGACAAGUGCAGCAUAUUCUAGCUUCCACUAGUCCCAGCGGGCGAGCCACAGUCUGGGAUCUUAGGAAGAAUGAGCCUAUUCUGAAAGUCAGCGACCACAGCAACAGGAUGCAUUGCUCGGGAAUGGCUUGGCACCCUGAUGUUGCCACCCAGAUGGUUCUUUCUUCAGAAGAUGAUCGCCUCCCUGUUAUACAAAUGUGGGACCUGAGAUUUGCUUCAUCCCCGCUGAGAGUUAUGGAAAACCAUACACGGGGCAUUUUGGCCAUCGCGUGGAGUAAUGCAGACCCAGAAUUGCUGCUUAGUUGCGGAAAAGAUUCCAGGAUACUGUGUUCCAACCCCAAUACAGGAGAGGUCUUGUAUGAGCUGCCAACGAGCACACAAUGGUGUUUUGAUAUCCAGUGGUGUCCCCGUAACCCUGCUGUGCUUUCUGCUGCUUCGUUUGAUGGACGUAUCGGCAUCUAUUCUAUUAUGGGGGGUAUGGCUGACAAUCUGAGUCAAAAGCAGGCAGACCAGCUUUCGUCAUCAUUUGGAAACAUGGACCCGUUUGGCACAGGGCAACCACUUCCUCCUUUGCAGCUUCCUCAACAGCCUGCCAAGCAAAGCACUGUUCUUCCUUUGAAGAAACCCCCAAAGUGGCUGCGACGACCUGUUGGGGCUUCAUUUUCUUUUGGAGGAAAACUAAUCACGUUUGAAGCUACGAAGCAGCAACCCCCUCAACAGCAGCAGCAUCCACAAGCCCCAAACCAACCCUUUCAUGUGUACGUCAGCCAGGUGGUUACUGAGAAGGAAUUCCUUAACCGUUCCAACAAGCUUCAAGAUGUGGUCAGCACGGGAGCUUUCCUGGAAUAUUGCCAGAAGAAAAUUGAAGACUCGAAAACAGACUUUGAGAAGAACGUGUGGUCUUUCUUGAAGGUGAAUUUUGAAGAUGAUUCUCGUGGUAAAUAUCUUGAAUUACUUGGAUUCAGAAAGGAGGAUUUGGUGGCAAAAAUUGCAUCGGCUUUAAGUAACAGCACUAUAGCAGAAGAAACGCAUGAGGAUUUGAAAAAACCUGACCAGGCUCUUGAGAGCGAUGAUGAGGGAAGUCAACCAACAGAUGAUCAGUUCUUGGGGGAGAUUUCAAACACAGAGAAAGAUGAAAAUAGUGAUUCCAUUUCAGCUGGUGAAACAUUCAACAUCUCAGUAAGCGGAGAUGUUGAUGGUCUCAUUACCCAGGCACUGCUGACUGGCAACUUUGAAAGCGCUGUCGACCUUUGUUUACAUGAUAACCGCAUGGCCGAUGCCAUCAUACUGGCCAUAGCAGGCGGUCCUGAUCUCCUGGCUAGAACACAAACAAAGUACUUUGCUAAGAGUCAAAGCAAAAUAACCAGGCUUAUCACUGCUGUAGUGACCAAAAACUGGAAAGAAAUUGUGCAGUCAUGUGACCUGCAGAACUGGAGGGAAGCCCUGGCUGCUGUGUUGACUUACGCAAAGCCUGAGGAGUUUUCUGCUCUGUGUGAUCUGCUGGGGUCCAGACUGGAGAAAGAAGGAGAUGGACCUCUACAGGCACAAGCCUGUCUGUGCUACAUUUGUGCAGGAAAUGUUGAGAAACUUGUCGCCUGCUGGACCAGAGCUCAGGAGGGCACAACUCCACUGUCCUUACAGGAUCUCAUUGAGAAAGUAGUUAUCCUUCGUAGAGCAGUACAAGUUACUCAAGCUGUGGAAACAAAGGAUGUGGGGGCCCUUCUGGCUGAGAAGAUGAGUCAGUAUGCCAAUCUGUUGGCUGCGCAGGGCAGCCUUGCAGCUGCUAUGGCAUUCUUGCCAGUCAACACCAACCAGCUUAACAUAAUGCACUUACGAGACCGGUUGUCGAGAGCCCAGGGAGAAGAUGGUUUGACUCCCACAGCCAGCGUUACCAGAGGAGGAGGAGUGGCAGUGGGGCCACAGCAUGGUCCAUCUUGUAUGCAACCAGGCAGGGAUGCUAAGUAUUACCCUCAGGCUAGAAUUGCCCCUACUGUCACUUCCUGGAGUAACAAAAUCCCUACUGCCCAAAGUGGCUGUUCAUCUGCUGCUGCUUCCUAUGACACUCAGAGAGACCACCCCCCUGCUGCUGGUUUUAACAUUCCAGGAAACCUUUAUCCAUCUGCUCCUGCUACUACUGGACCACCACCACCACCACAACCAGAUUCGGGCACCGUGUCUUACAAUUUUAACUCUCACAUGGGCCCCCGUCAACCAUAUCCUCAGCCUUAUCUGCAAUCCCAACAAUACUCUUACGGUUCUGGGGGAUCGGCCGUCUAUCAGCCCCAACCAGCCAGCGUUCCUUCUGCUUCUUCCUACCACAAUUCUCUUUACGCCUCCUCUUCUCGCUCUGCUCCUCAGCCAAACUACUCUGUGCAGCCCCCAGCUGCAUCAUCAUCAUCCUCUUCUCCUUCCUCUUCUCUUCCUCCUCCUGGAGCAUCCUUCCAGCAUGGCGGACCUGGAGCUCCUACUACCUCUGCUCCUUAUCCACCUCCUCCCUCUGGACCUACAGGUACUCUGCCUGCCACCAGUGAGCUGCCUGCAUCCCAAAGAACAGAAUAUCUCUCUGCUCAAGAUAUGAGGAAUUACCCACAAGGACCUCAAAAUGGUUGGAACGAUCCCCCAGCGCUGAGCAGAACUUCAAAGAAAAAGGUUUUAGAAAAUUAUGUACCACCCCCUCCAAUCACAGCUCCCAUAAUGAAUCCUAUAGCUGAUUCACGGUCUCAGCAGCAGCAGGUUCCAGUUUCUGCAUCAUCUGUUCCAUCAGUACCUUUUCAGCCUUCAUCAGCAUCCUCGGUUCAACCAGGAGCACCAAAUCUCUUUUCAACCAUGCAGCCCCAUGUUGGACAGCCAGGAGUGUACCUAGAUCCUUCAAAGGCCAAUAAAGAUGGGGUUCCUGGAGCUACUAUUGGAAACAACAUACAGGCUAUACACACUCUGCCUGCUGAAAAGAUCACCAAGAACCCGAUCCCUGAGGAGCACCUUAUUCUGAAAAGCACAUUUGAGGCCCUUAUCCAAAGAUGUUUGUCUUCUGCUGUUGACCAGCAAACAAAAAGGAAGCUAGAUGAAGCAAACAAACGCCUGGAGUCCCUGUAUGACAAGCUAAGAGAGCAAACACUCUCCCCUGCAAUAAUCGCAGGUUUGCACAGCAUUGCCAGAAGUAUUGAGUCCCGGAACUACAUGGAAGGCCUUAACAUCCAUACACACAUAGUUUCUACCAGUAACUUCAGCGAAACAUCUGCGUUCAUGCCAGUUCUCAAAGUUGUCCUUACCCAGGCAAACAAGCUUGGAGUGUGAAGGCUCUUCUCAAAGACUCCAGGCAUUCUCUUCAACACACACACUUAUCCUUGAGAAUAAAAGUGUACCACGGACCGGCAUGUUUUUAAUUUUCUAGAAAUCAACUCUGUGACUUUAAACGCAACGUGAAAUACCAUGAAUUCCAGAAUUUGUUAUUCUCUAUUUUAUUUUGGUAUUUACAGUUUUAUUUCCAUUUUCUCUCCGAAUAUAAUAGUAUUUGAUGGGAUUUUUACAGCAUGUCAGAACUCAGGAGGACAGUAUCAUGUUUUUUCCCCAUUAGCUGCAGCUAUUUUCACGUACAUUUCAGAAAUAACAGUGCUUUUUUUGCCAAACAUGCAUCAUAUUGAAUAAAACGAGAUCCCAAUUUAGAAA